GGAAGAUUCUGAUGCAGAAGAAUCUGUUAUGACACCAGUGGAUGUAGACCUGAACCUCGUUUCCAAUAUAUUGGAAUCCUAUAGCUCCCAAGCUGGGCUGGCAGGACCUGCUUCUAAUCUUCUACAAAGUAUGGGAGUGCAGCUGCCUGACAACACUGAUCGCAGACACACAAGUUUUGAUCUUACAAAAUCAAGUCUUCCAAGAUGAUCUGGUAUAUAUUAAUUGUAGGGAUUAUAGUUCCUCAGUCUUUGGCCCAUCCAGGCUUUUUUACGUCAAUUGGUCAGAUGACUGAUUUAAUUCAUACUGAGAAAGAUCUGGUGACUUCUCUGAAAGAUUAUAUUAAGGCAGAAGAGGACAAAUUGGAACAAGUAAAAAAAUGGGCAGAGAAGUUAGAUCGGCUAACUAGCACAGCAACAAAAGAUCCAGAAGGGUUUGUUGGGCAUCCUGUUAAUGCGUUCAAGUUAAUGAAACGUCUGAAUACUGAGUGGAGUGAGUUGGAGAAUCUGGUCCUUAAGGACAUGUCAGAUGGCUUUAUCUCUAACCUAACUAUUCAGAGACAGUACUUCCCUAAUGAUGAAGAUCAAGUUGGGGCAGCCAAAGCUCUGCUACGUCUCCAGGACACUUAUAAUUUGGAUACAGAUACCAUCUCAAAGGGUAAUCUGCCAGGAGUGAAACACAAAUCUUUUCUAACAGCUGAGGACUGCUUUGAGUUGGGCAAAGUGGCCUAUACAGAAGCAGAUUAUUACCACACAGAACUGUGGAUGGAACAAGCACUAAGGCAACUGGAUGAAGGCGAGGCUUCUACCAUAGAUAAAGUCUCUGUUCUAGAUUAUUUGAGCUAUGCAGUAUACCAGCAAGGAGACCUAGACAAGGCACUUUUCCUCACAAAGAAGCUUCUUGAACUAGAUCCUGAACAUCAGAGAGCUAAUGGUAACUUAAAAUAUUUUGAGUAUAUAAUGGCUAAAGAAAAAGAUGUCAAUAAGUCUGCUUCAGAUGACCAAUCUGAUCAGAAAACCACACCCAAGAAAAGAGAGGUUGCUGUGGAUUAUCUGCCAGAGAGAAAGAAGUACGAAAUGCUGUGCCGUGGGGAGGGUAUCAAAAUGACUCCUCAGAGACAAAAAAGACUAUUUUGCCGCUACCAUGAUGGAAACCGGAAUCCUAAAUUUAUUCUGGCUCCAGCCAAACAGGAGGAUGAGUGGGACAAGCCUCGUAUUAUUCGCUUCCAUGAUAUAAUUUCUGAUGCAGAAAUUGAAAUUGUCAAAGACCUAGCAAAACCAAGGCUGAGCCGAGCUACAGUACAUGACCCUGAGACUGGAAAAUUGACCACAGCACAGUACAGAGUAUCUAAGAGUGCCUGGCUUUCUGGCUAUGAAAACCCUGUGGUGUCUCGCAUUAAUAUGAGAAUACAAGAUCUAACAGGACUAGAUGUUUCUACAGCAGAAGAAUUACAGGUAGCAAAUUAUGGAGUUGGAGGACAGUAUGAACCUCAUUUUGACUUUGCACGGAAAGAUGAGCCAGAUGCUUUCAAAGAGCUGGGGACAGGAAAUAGAAUUGCUACAUGGCUAUUUUAUAUGAGUGAUGUGUCUGCAGGAGGAGCCACUGUUUUUCCUGAAGUAGGAGCUAGUGUUUGGCCCAAAAAAGGAACUGCUGUGUUCUGGUAUAAUCUGUUUGCCAGUGGAGAAGGAGAUUAUAGUACACGGCAUGCAGCCUGUCCGGUGCUAGUUGGAAACAAAUGGGUAUCCAAUAAAUGGCUCCAUGAACGUGGACAGGAAUUCCGAAGACCAUGCACCUUGUCAGAAUUGGAAUGACAACGACUUCCAUUCUUCUCCUGUUGUACUCUAAUGUGUCUGAUACACAUUUCCUAGUCUUAACUUUCAAGAGUUUACAAUUGACUAACACUCCAUGAUUUGAUUCAGUCAUGAACCUCAUCCCAUGUUUCAUCUGUGGACAAUCACUUACUUUGUGGGUUUCUUUUAAAAGUAACACUAAAUCACCACAUUGUAUAUAUAAACCUUAAAGUUCAGUUGGUAUCACAGAAGACAAGGCAGAGUUUAAAAUGAGGAAUUUUUAAUUGGAUGUUAUAUUUUAAACAACUUUUAUGUUGGACAAAAUAUAAUGUAAGCAUCCAGUUUUAGUAUUUUACUACAUCUCACUUGAUGGGUGGUAAGCUAGAAUGGACCAUGAAAUAGGAGAUAGAAGCCUUACAGUAUAUUUCUAGGUGUUAUGUUUACCUAGUCUUACUCUGUUUAUUUUCUGGAUCUGCCUGAAGAUUAGUAAUAAAUGAGGGCUCUAACCUGAAUUUCAUAUGACAUUUGCCCUUCUAUACAAUAUUCUAAGUUGAUUUUUUUUCCUCUCAAGUCCUUUGAAAGGAAUAAUAUUGUAUUUUACCAAUCCCCUUUUCUCAUAACCUCUGUGAUAAAUUAUACUUAAGUUAAAAUAAUUCAAUUAAAAAAUAUUGUUAACAAAAUCCUGCAUAACAAUAUUGGCCCUUCUUAACUAAAAUGCUCAUCAUGUAGUCUGUUUUUUUCUCCUUUUUCUUAAAUUUCCAGAAAUAUUUUCUUAGUGUUCAUACCUUGCCUCUUAUUCCUGCUACAGCAGGGUGGUGAUAUUGGCAUUCUGAUUAAAUAAAUAUUGUGCCUUAGGAGACUGGAAGUGUAAAAAUGUACAAGUCCUUUCAAUGAUGAGAGAAUUGAUUUUUUUAAAAAGGCCUUUUUCUUCAAAAGCCAAAUGUUUGUUUUUUUAAACUUCUGAAAUGUGUUGUGACAAUGACCUAUUUAUGAUCUUAAAUUGUUUUU